GAAUUCACCUCCCCUGGGCAGGGCGCCAGAGCCCAAAGAAAGAGCUCUUUCCUGUCCAGAACCUUCCAGUCAGACACGAUGGUUAGGAUGGUACCUGUUCUGCUGUCUCUGCCGCUCCUUUUGGGUCCUGCAGUACCCCAGGAGACCCAAGUUGGUCCUUAUUCUCUGGCCUUUCUCUACACUGGGGUGUCCAGGCCUAGUAAAGGACUCCCCAGGUUUCAGGCCACUGCCUUCCUCAAUGACAAAGCCUUCUUCCACUAUGAUAGUGAGGGCAGGAAAGCAGAGCCCCUGGGACCGUGGAGCCAAGUGGAAGGAAUGGAGGACUGGGAGAAGGAGAGCCAACUUCAGAAGGCCAGGGAGGAAAUCUUCCUGGUGACCCUGAAAGACAUCAUGGACUACCACAAGGACAGCGAAGCUUCAGGGUCUCACACCUUCCAGGGAAUGUUCGGCUGUGAGAUCCGGAAUAACAGAAGCAGUGGAGCGUUCUGGAGGUAUGCCUAUGAUGGACAGGACUUCAUUGAAUUCAACAAAGAAAUCCCAGCCUGGGUCCCCUUGGACCCAGCAGCCCUGAACACCAAGAAGAAGUGGGAAGCAGAAAAAGUCUAUGUGCAGCGGGCCAAGGCAUACCUGGAGGAGGAGUGCCCUGAGAUGCUGCAGAGGUACCUGAACUACAGCAGGACUCACCUGGAUCAACGAGAUCCUCCCUCUGUGUCAGUCACCAGCCAUGUGGCCCCAGGAAGAAACAGAACACUCAAAUGUCUAGCCUAUGACUUCUACCCACAAAGAAUUGGUCUGCACUGGACUCGAGCCGGCGAGGUACAAGAAUCUGAGGCAGGGGGAGAGAUUCUUCCCAAUGGGAGUGGUACUUACCAGUCCUGGGUGGUGGUGGGAGUCCCCCCUCAGGACAGAGCCCCCUACUCCUGCCUUGUGGAGCACAGUGGGCUGGACCAGCCCCUCACAGUGUCAUGGAAUGGAAGGCAGAAAGCCAGGGCUGAAGGUAACUUAGGGACUCAACCUCUGUAGUCACAUAAGAGAGCUGAACUUUAGAAAUCAUCGUCAAUGUCACCAACAAGGUCCCGGGAAAGCAGUGCAAAUCCAGGUGGUGGAUUUGGAGACAGAAGACUUGAAUGCCUGGCACUGAGUCCACUCUGAUUGCCAAGUCAUCUCACUUCCUAAACUAUCCGUGGUCCAGUCUGUAAAACCUCACCCACAAUACUCCCCUUACCUGGCCCAGCAGAGAAAGAUAAUUUUAAACUGCAAA